AUGGAGGGCUACGGUUUCACACUCACCGGCGGCGCCAUCUUCGGUAUCGUCAUCGGCGCCAUCAUAGUCCUUGUCGCCAUCUGCGUCACCGGCUGGCACCUCCGCCAGCGGCACCACAGGCUCAAGCGGGCCAAAGAGGCGAACCGCGCCAACGACACGGAGCUCGCCGUCCGCAGCUCCAACACUCGUCGUCAACUCCGCGAAGUCCCUGCCCCUGCCUCUGCCGCGUCGACCCCUGCCCCGCAAGCCUUUCAGUCACCCAGCACGUACGGCGAUUUCGCGCCGCAGCAUCAGGUCCACCGUGGGCCCUCGAUCGAGCAGUCGAGCGCGCAUGAUCGCUAUUUCUACCUUCAGGACCCGUAUUCGCCGCAGCAGAUCCUCGGUGCACCCUGGGUCCACCGACAGAGCGCGCAUGAUCGCUACUUCUACCUUCGGGACCCGUAUGUGCAGCUGAGCAGUCCACCUCGCCGACAGCAUCAGGCUGACCGUGGCGAGCGCCAGCUCACCCAUCACGCAGGGACACACCGGCACCAUGACAGGCAGGAAUCACAGGAAGCCAGUCAGACGCACCACAGCGCUCGCAACGGACAGCAGCAGCAUCAGCGUCACGACGCCACACCGGUGCGCCGCCCCCGCGAUGCCCAGCACCAACAGGAGCGCAAGGAGAGCAAGGGGGAGACCGGCAAGCCAGUGCAUGCAAGUCAGAAACCCCGUCGCGAGGGUCCCCUUGCCGAUCUCGUCCGCUAUAAUCCGCCAACUGUCGCUCCGCCUGUUGGAGGCAUCAAGCCGCAGGAGGAGGAGCAGCCUGCGGUGGUUCAGCCCGGCAAGCGCCGUCUGAACCGCCGGGCCUCAUCGUAG